UUUGAUAGACAAAUGUACAAAAAGGUAUGUCCCUAUAGAUAGUGGUGAUAAAAUACUUUCUGUUGAAAAACAUUGAUCUGUUGGAUAGUUGUCGAAGAGUUUUUAUUUAACAGAUUUCUGCUUCCCAACCUCCCACAUAAGUUGUCUGGUCAGAUGGAACUCAGAUUCGACCUGCCCACAUUGUUUUGUUCUCACAUUGAUCGUCAACGAAUUAGUGAAGUGCGGACACACAAGUAUUCAAACGCAGACAAUCUAUGUUUGCUGAACUUUUCUCUAUGAGAAAGAGAAUAUACUUUUACGUACAUGUUUGCAAUUUUUUAGGAUGAUAAUUUACCUCAUUUGAAAUGUUUCUCAUUAAUAUAUUAUAAGAAAACUGAUGCGUACGAUAAUCGAAUACUUCCUCUUCUUCGUCGUAUGACAUAUUUGGAAAAAUUAACAUUAUAUCUUCGUUUGCAUAAUCGAAAUAUAUUUGUUAAUGGUACUCAUCUUCAUCGAGAAAUUCUUAUGCAUAUGUCACAACUUCAUACAUUCAUUUUUUAUAUAAGUACGGAAAUUGAAAUCAAUGAUUCAAUUGAUCAUUUAUCUGAUAAUGAUAUUCAACAAACGUUUACAAAUAUAGGUUAUCAUCGAAUAGCUUGUGCUAUGAUGUGGACUGACGACGACGAUUCCGAUGAAGAUCAACAACAGAAUACAUAUCGAAACAAUGAUCAAAUAACACAAGGAUAUUCAAAUAAAGGAAAAAAAGACAAAUGUAAUUGUCGUCGAGGAUGUUCAAAACGUUCUUGUUGUUGUUUUAAAUUUGGUAGUGGAUGUAACACAUCAUGUGGAUGUGGCACAUCUUGUCAAAAUAUGUUUAAUUAUCUGGAUUAUUUCUUUGGUGAAGAUGGAGCAUAUAAUGCAAAUUCUUGUUUUACAAAAUGGCUUAUCAAACAUGCUAAAAAUGCAGAUGAAUUAAAAAUGAUUGAUCGAGAGAAAUUACAUCGAUCUAUCAUGCAAUCUCCAAGUUAUCAAAAAGUACGUAAGGAUGAAGAAUUUGCUGAUUGGAUGAAACAAUGGUGUAAAAUUAGUGAAUACGAAGAAAUAGAACAUAUUCAAAAAUUUUUUCGAAUGCUUGUAUCAAAUGAUACAUCAAAUUAUUAUUAUUCAUUUUGUUAUAAUGAUGUACGUCGAAACGAUCCUCAUGGAUUUUAUAAUAAAUGUCAAAAAUCUUGGUAUUAUAGAGAAUGA